AAAAAUGUGACGUUGACGGACGUGUUCGUAAAUAUGGUAGUUUAUUGUUUUAAAUAUUUUAUCUAAUUUUUACUUUAAAACAAGACACAGACUCUAUCAUAAUGAAUAUAUGCCGAACCUGCCUCAAAAGUCCAGCUAUCAGGAAUAUAUCAGAGCUAGGAAAGGGCAUAUGUGAAGAUAACAAAAGCUAUCUCGAAAUCAUGAUGUUUUGUUUAGAUAUCAAGGUUACACAAGACUCAAAAGUUACAACGAAGCUAUGUAAUAACUGCUAUAGAAAAAUCAUAUCAUUCUAUAACUUUAAGGCACUGUCUUUGAAAAAUGAUAUUUAUUUAAAAUCUAUAAGCUCAGAAGUAACGCUGGACCAUAAAGUAUCCAUAUACGUGGAUGAAAACAGUGUCAAACAUGAGAAUUCUAUAGAUUCUUAUGAAUUUGGGUCGGUUAUUGCAAAUUGUCAGAUGGAAAUUAAACAGGAAUUAGAUGUUAAGGAUGAAGAUACCUUAGCAGAUGUAGAGUCAGAUGAAGAGCUGCUUAGUGUCAUACAGAGAGUAAAAUAUGAAAAUAUUAAGGAUGAGACCAAAGAAAAUGCACCAAUAUAUAAAAAACGUGGCCGUCCAAGGAAAAUAAAGCCAUUAAAACUAGAGAAUGUGAAACAAGAACGGCAAGUGUGCGAAGAGUGUGGCAAGUCAGUCCGUAACCUGAAGGAGCACUCACUCCAGCACCUGCCCAUGAGUGAGCGAAAGAAGCUACAGUGUAAAGUUUGUCCGAAGCUCUUUUCAACAUACGGUGCGAGGACCAGGCAUUACAAGAUUAAGCAUUUAGGCAUUAAGUCGGAAUGCAAUAUUUGUCAUAAGAAGGUCGUCUGCCUGUCGACGCACCGACUGCGCGUGCACAACCGCGAGGCGCUCCCGUUCGCGUGCGUGCAGUGCGAGCGCCGCUUCGUGUCCCAAGGAGUGCUAGACGUGCACAUGACCACGCACACGAAGGACCGCGCGUUCCAGUGCGACGUGUGUGAGAAAAAGUUUAGGUCGCAGCUACAUGUUAACAUACAUAAACGACAGGUCCAUGAUAAAGAAAAAACACAUCUAUGUCAAUUCUGCUCAAAGACUUUCUUCAAGAAGUACCAUUUGCAAGUACAUUUAAGGUCACACACCAAAGAGCGUCCAUACGAAUGCAGCGAGUGCGGCAAGUUCUUCUCAUCCAGCAGCACGCUGAAGGAGCACCGCCUCAUACACGGGGACGUUAAGAAUUACCACUGCGAUCUCUGUGAUAUGAGCUUUAUGAAACCCGGCUACCUGAAAGUCCACAUGAUCAGUCACACGAAGGAGAAGCGCUACCCGUGCGGGUUCUGCGGCGUGCGCUUCGGCCGCUCCGACCACCGCCGCCGCCACGAGUUCACCGCGCACCAGAAACACCUCAGGGCCGACUGACGACUCUAUGUCCGGGGAAUAAGGUUCAAAAUCGAGGGGAUGGUGUAGAACAGGUGCAGAGAUAAAUUUGUAUUGUCCUCGGUGUAGGGAAUGUUUUUGCCGCGUACGUAGAGUAACUGCUAAGGGGCCGAAGGCGUUAGGUAUUCAAUACAGUAUUUAAACUUACGAAAAGUACGAAAAGGGAUUUCGUCACUUUUUCCUGUGUUUUUAUUUUCGCAUUCAAGGUUGUUUUGUUUAACGUUAUUCAUAGAAUAUUAUAGUACAAAUUCGGUUCGAUUUAUUUGUACAAAAAACUAAUUUUUAGAAUGCGCUAUUUCGUUUAAGCAAAUUAUAUUAAUGUUUUAUUUGUCUUUAUUUAAAAUUUGCAGCACUAUCCUACUUUGAAUAUACAUCAAUUUCAAUAAGAUUUAAGUUAUUUCCAAUUGUUUAUCACAGGAAUAUCACCUCAAUUUCUUAAACUCUUAAGUUAAAAUUUCACUAACAGCUUUUUUUCUAUAGUUUGAAUCUUCUUAAAUAAUUUUUACGCCAAAGCUUUUGUUUAACAAAUUAGGGUCUUUGGCGUAAAAAUCAUUUGUGAAGAUUCAAACUAUACAUGGUAGGCUAUAGUUAUGUUAUGUAUACUUAUUACCUAGUUUUAUGCGUAAGCAAAGUAAGAUUGCAAUUAUUUUACAAUAUAUAUUUAAUUAUACAACUCGCCUGAAACGUCGGAAUUUAAGGUGAAAACAAUGAAAUUAAAUCGCGGUGGACCCGUUCGUAUAAUUAAAUAUGUAAUUAUAUUACACCUCUCUUCUACAUAUGUUACAGUAUUUUAAGCUAAUGUUAAAAGUAUUUUAUUCAAAAAUCUAUAUUUUGUUAUUUCAAUUGUGAACAUGUGAUCAAGUUAAGAACUUAUUAAAUUGUCUAUCUAUAUUUGUUAAAA